CACUGAAGAAUUAACUAAUAAGGAAUAAAUCACCAGUGCUGCUUGUUCUUCCUCAUAUUUCUCCACAAUGGAAGAUAUGGGAGAUUCAACUGCAGUGCCACAAAUUGUGAAAAUUGUGAGGAUGUUUGUUAAGUUUCAUCCGCUAUUGACAGUUACUCGUCUUAUCUUUGGGGUUAUAUUUCUACAGGAUUGGAUUGAAGAUGAGCUGAGUAAUCAAUGGAAAAUGCUCAAGGUUUAUUGCCAAUUAGCAAUGAGAGCUUUGCUAGAUCCGAUUAAUGAGAAGAUCAAGAAUCUAUCUGAAGUCCUCCAAAUGCAUCUCAACAAUGAAGCAACAAAGGGUCAGCUAAAGGCCAAGUUGAUCGUCAACUCAAAAUUCUACGUGGAAGAUCUAGCUGCAUAACAAAUUCAACAUCAAACAUCACCUUCUUUAUUCUAGCACUUGUUUUUGAAAGAUUUUACGAUAAUUCAUUAAGGAGCCUCAUUGCUGUGCUGUGCAUCGCAAUUUUUCUUUUAUGUGUACUAGUUGUAUUACAGCCGCGGACAGACUUUGGGUUGUUUAGUUUCAUCAUUGGAGUCAUUGGAUCGAUUACUUACAACCGGUUCAAGUUCAUGUUUCCGUCAUGGAUAAUUGCCUCCAUUUGUUUUGUGCUGAUUAGUUUCAAAAGCUGGUUAGAUAAGUAUUGGUUGGAUUUGGAAGAAGAUCAAUCAUUGACCUUUACAAAUACCAUGGCUAGAAGCACUAGCUUGUUUUUAUUUUUUUCAUCAAGUGUUGCACAUUUCGCAAGAUCUUUGCUUGUAUCUUUUGUUGUCAAACCUCCCUUGCCUAACUAUAAAGAUUGGUUAGCUAAGGCAAUCAGUGUUAUGCUUUGGUGUGCCCAGUUUUGUAAGUUCAAUUCCCAAGAGAGCUCAUUGCGCCUUACAAAUACCAGAAGAAUCGGCGGUAUGAUUUUAGCCAUUGUAAAUGUUGCACAAGGCAUGUUCUCGUUCGCUCUUCUCAUAUAUCCUGUGGCUGAUUAUAAAGAUUGGUUAUUUGCAAUAAUCAGUUAUAUAGUUUUUUGUUUUUGGUUACGAAGAUUUUUACUCGAAGAUCUAUCACUACCCUCAACAAAUGCUAAAGGAAUCA